AUGGCUUCCUCAUCCUUCCGCCACCUUUUCUUUUGCUCACUAGCUAUCAUUUUCCACAUGAUAUUCGUCAUCAUCCCCUCUGAAGCCAAAACUUCAUUUAGACCCAAGGCCCUUGUCCUUCCGGUAUCCAAACACACUUCCGGCGCAAUCCAAUACCUCACAAGCAUCAAGCAAAGAACUCCUCUAGUCCCUGUGAGACUAACCCUCGAUCUCGGCGGUACAUUCCUUUGGGUAGAUUGCGAGGACCGCUAUGUCUCUGCUACCUACAAGCCUGCCCGUUGCGGAUCAGCGCAAUGCUCACUCGCAAGGUCCAAGCGUUGUUUCGAGUGCUUGUCUCCACCUAGACCAGGCUGCUACAACAACACAUGUAAUCUCAUGUCAUUAAACUCUGUGCUCGGAUCGGGAGGUAACUUCGAUCAGGUCGGUCAAGAUGUUAUCUCACUUCACUCCACAGAUGGGUCUAAUCCUACCAAGAUAGUUUCUAUUCCCAACUUACUGUUCGUUUGCAGCCAAACAUUUCUCUUGACACAACUUGCACCUGGUGUCAAGGGUAUUGCUGGCCUUGGCAGGACUAAAAUUGGGCUCCCUUCCCAAUUUGCUUCCACUUUUAGCUUCAAAAGAAAAUUCGCCGUUUGCUUGCCCUCCUCAAGAAGAUCAUACGGUGUCGUAUUCUUCGGGGACGGUCCUUAUAAUCUGCUUCCCGGUAUUGAUGUAUCUAAGUCUCUAAUCUACACCCCGUUGAUCGUCAACCCUGUAACUACUGGGGCUAAUUAUGAAGAAGGCGAGCCUUCCUCAGAAUAUUUCAUCAACGUAACGUCAAUCAAGAUCAACGGAAAGGUUGUUUCCGGAUUCAACACUUCCUUGCUGACAAUCAACAAAGAUGGGUAUGGAGGCACAAAGAUUAGCAGCGUCAAUCCUUACACAGUCAUGGAGACCUCGAUCUACAAUGCUUUCGUUGAUCUCUUUACUAAAGAACUCUCUGGAGUGCCAAGAGUGACACCCGUAGAACCAUUCGGAGUGUGCUUCAACUCAACCAAUCUCGGUAGUACUCGGGUUGGCCCGCCGGUGCCUACCAUUGAUCUGGUGUUGCAGAGCGAGAGCGUGUACUGGAGGAUCUUUGGGGCAAACUCGAUGGUGCAGGUGAGCCAGGACGUGCUGUGCUUAGGGUUUGUGGAUAACGGUCAGAGCCCGAGUAACCCUAGAACUAAUAUUGUGAUUGGUGCGCAUCAAAUUGAGGAUAAUCUUCUUCAGUUUGAUUUGGCUUCUUCUAGGCUGGGAUUCAGCUCCUCUCUCUUGUUCCGACAGACCACUUGCGCUAACUUCAACUUCACUUCUGUUGCUUAGAUCCAGCUAGUAGCUAAGCCAUGCAUGUGAUAAUAAAUGGUCAUGGCUGCUUCCGAUACAACCGUACAUCAAUGAAUUGUUUUCUUUAUUUUCUUAGUUCUCUACGUUAUCCUGGUCAGAGUGUCCUUGUUUGAUUUUAUCCAAUUCUGAAAGAUCCGGAGAUAUUG